UGAAUGGGAGCUGAGUGGGGACAGUUUAACCAAACUAAUAAAGGACUGGGACAGAAGAUAAACUCCAGCAAAGAUCAACGAUGUCGAAGACAGAGAGCAAAGACAUGACAGAGGCGAUGGAGGAAACGAUGCAGAGACUUCAGGGAAGGUUUCAGGGCAUCUCCGAACAGCUGGAGUCCAGACUAACUCAAAUGGGAACCCGCAUCGAUGACCUUGAGAAAAACGUCUCAGACCUGAUGACCCAGGCUGGUAUGGAGGAGCAGGCGGUUUCAAAGUGACAGCAGGCCCACAGUUCAUCUGACACAUAAGCUCUUCAUAUUAUACCCUCAGAAACUGUGGGUUCACUUUGGCUCUGAAGUUUCACUUUCAUCAAACAUCCUGAGAUCUUUGAGUUGGCAUUAGUUUACCUCUACAGAUUAUAUCACUUUAAGGGUUUGGCCUAAUGUCAGUGUUUUUCAGGGUGCUACAAUACUCCUAACAAAUGUGUAUCUCUCAGUGCCUACACCAAUCACAGGCUAAAGAGGAUCGGAUCACCAUGUUGGCAUGAUCAUUUAUUUUGUAGUAACACUUGUCAUUGUUUUUCAAAGCAUGUACCAUCAGAUUGUUAGGCAUUACCUCCUGUGGUGCGGCCAAAAGAAGGAAGAGCCAAGAAAUAGCAUGGGUGAGAAUAGAGUUUAAUUCACGAUUUAUUGUUUACAGUCUAUUUUCUUACUAAAAGAUCUUGCUCAUAUCCUUAAAGUGUAACUAACAGAUUUCAAUGCAUUUACUACCUCAUAUAGAAUAUUUUCAAAAUGUUUUAAUAUCUUUAAUGCAGCAUUUUUUACACAUUGUGGUCUUCCUCUCCCCUGUUAGUGCCAACAACAUAUUUAUGUGCAUGUACACACAUUUUGGGCAUGUGUUGUUAAAGCAGGAAAUAUAAAUAGUGAAGGACAUUGUAGCUCAACAGCGCCUCUAUUGGUCAAACACUCAACAAGCUUAAACACAUGGAAGGAGACUGACUGACAGAAAACACUGCAGAAGAUGUAUUCAGUGUCUUAACAGCAGUAGCUUUACUUUUAACAGUUGAACUACUUACUUCAGUUGUUCCUCAACAUUACUCUGAAACCAAUGUCAGUCUGGUCACAGUAGUAAUGUAGUAAUCACAGUCUGAAACCCUUUUUGUAACUAUGCAUACAUUUCAUCUAAAACUAUGAA